AUGCUGAAUUCAAUUACAGAGUUUAAUGUGAAUGUAUUGGUGGACUCUUCCACGAUAGAAGAAGAAACAGUGCUGCUGCUGCAAAAUUCUAUCUCAUUCUCAAAAGAAAUUGAAAGGAGAAGUAGGCACUUCAAAUUGUACAGGGCUGCAUUGGAAGGUGAUUGGAACACUACUGAAAGAAUUUACAAGGAAGAGGAUAUUGAUAUACUAGUUAAGCUAUCAAAGGAUGGGGGCACCGCUCUCCAUAUUUCAGCUGCAGCAAGGCACACUGGUUUUGUGAAAAAGCUGCUUGAAAAAAUGAAUAAAGAGGAUUUAGCUGUAAAAAAUAAUGCUGGCAAUAUGGCUUUUUUUCUUGCAGUUGCGUCCGAGAGGGUUGAAAUUUUCAAGGCUAUGAUGAAGAAGAAUGAAGACAGAGUAAAGAUUAGAGGGGCCAAUGAUAUUUUACCGCUUCAUAAGGCAGCUCUAAUUGGAGACAAAGAGACAUAG